UACUACGGGCAGUGUUCGUUGUUCACAGCAGUACUACCGGCGACACCUCAGGAUGCGCUUCUAUAUUGCAUUGUUGACUGUCUUCAUUCCCGAUCAUUUGACAGUGGACGGACAGUCAGGGGCAGGAUGUCCGGAGAGGAACGGUAGAUUCGCCGUCCCGAGCCAGUGUGAUGCCUAUAUUGAAUGUGUAGACGGAGUUCCUGAACAGAAGUUGUGUCCGGACGGACUUCUGUUCAAUUCCAACGCAAAGUUCUUUGCAUAUCCUUGCCAAUAUCCUUCUGAGGUCGACUGCGCUGGGAGAUCUGCAGUGCAGCCCGCCCAGGCCACAGAGCAAUGUCCGCAUCAGUUUGGAUACUACAGACUCGGCGACGCGCAGAACUGUGGCCAAUUUAUGAUCUGCGCGAGCGGCGUGGGUCAUGUGUUCGACUGUCCGGACGGGCUAGCCUUCAACGAGUACAGCCUUCGCUGCGACUGGGCUGAUCAAGUGGAUAAUUGUGAUGCAGAGGCAUUCUUGGGAUUCUCUUGUCCCCAGAACGAUCCCAACACAAUCUUCGCCAAAGAAGGUUACCGAUUCUUCCGCAGCCCCGCUGACUGUCAGAAGUACUUCAUCUGUAUAGACGGACGGCCAAGGAGAUUCAGCUGUGGUGAAGGAUACGCCUUCAAUGAACUUAUCAGCAGCUGCGACGGAGUGGAGAACGUGACAGGAUGUGGAUUUCCUCAGCAGAAACGACAAGUUGAAACGCAGAGACUUGAUUUAUUUGACCGAAAUCAGCUGACGUAGAAAAUGAGAUUGCCGUCAAAGGAAGUUAAGGUUAAGUCAUAGUCUUUACUGAAGUUUUAAAAUUGAAAUACUGAAGUUGAAAUAUUCCCAACUCUAAUUGAUAUUAUUUUUCCUUGUACAAAGAAUCCUUAAAACAUAAAAUCUGACGGUUUUGUCCAAAAUACACCAAAUUAGUUUACCAAAUAGAAUGUCAUGUCAUUGAUUGACUGAAAACAUGUUACGUUUCACCUUUUAGAAGUCUGCAAGAAUCAGUGGAUAGUGCAAAAAUAUAUUUGCCAUGCAUUAGGUGAGAAACCGAUACAUUUGAAAAUUGUUUAUAACAAUAUUUUACCAUAAUUAGCAAAAAUAC